CUCCCCAUCAGAACAGCAGCAAGACCAUGGGAGAUAUGAAGACACCAGAUUUUGAUGACCUUCUGGCGGCCUUCGACAUCCCUGACAUGGUGGAUCCUAAAGCUGCUAUAGAAUCUGGUCAUCACAAUGACCAAGAAGGACAGCUCAAGCAACCUGUUGGCACAGUGGCUUCAAAUGAGGACAAUAGCCAAAACCCUUUAGGAGGACACGACAUUGCUGUUAGUGUCAUUGUGAAGAACACUCGAAAUGCAGAAACCAGUGAUCAUGGGGGAACCAUAUCAGGAAAGGAAGAACAAGUUCACCAUCAUACCCAACCUCAUUCUGCUAGUGUUGGUAAUGGACUUCAAAACGGCCUUGUGUCUACAACAUUGCCUGAUAACCAUAACAACAAAAAUGGAUGGAAAGCUUCCAGAGACGAAGGACAGCCAGAUAACCAUCAAACAUCUACCUUCAGUCAGUUUAGCCCAAUCUCCAGUGCUGAAGAGUUUGAUGAUGAUGAUAAAAUUGAGGUAGAUGACCCCGUGGACAAACAGGAGGGUCAGUCAUUAAGGUCCACAACUAAAAAAGGGGGGCAGAUUCCAGGAUCUCCUGUAUGUGUGAAUAAUGUUUCUAAGCCCAGAGUAAAUGGUGACCAAAAACCAGAUAAGAACAAUAACAACCAUGGUUCACUUGGAGGUUCCAAGUUGGGUGAUUUCUCUCUAACCAGUUUACCCAAGGUGGAUCCUAAAGACAAUGUCCUCAUUUCGCAAGGACAGGAGUGCAAAGAGGUUGGAGAACAACCUGGGCUUAUAAAUGUGUCCAGUAUGUCCCAAGUCAAAGCUAAGUCAUCUACAAAACUUUCAUCUUGUAUAGCAGCCAUUGCAGCUCUGAGUGCCAAAAAGGCUGGAACUACAGAUGUGAGUAAGUUGGAGUCUCACAGAACAGAAAAAGAAUCCGUAGGGGUUAAUGGUGAUCCCAAAACUCCAGAGAAGACACAAGAGCCAGAGUCUGCCCUAGAGUUUGCAAAAAGGCUGCUGACAGGACAACCAGACAGCCCCUCUAGUGUCAUCAGUGAGGGCAGCAGCAAAGGAUCCCCUGACUCAAGCACAGACACAACCCCGGUCAUCCCAAAAGUCAGGAUUAAAACAAUCAAGACCUCAUCUGGCCAGAUUAAACGUACUGUCACUAGAGUUCUUCCAGAGUUUGAUCUUGAGGGUCUAAAAAGGGAAAACAGUGCAUCUAUUAUAGCAACCACCAAUGCAAUUUUCUCAUCCCCCACAAGGACCUCUUUUCCAACCACAGUAGUUGCCACCACUGGAGGCCCUUCUAUAGAAAUAACAAAGCAAAUGACUAUUAAACCUGUGGCAACAGCUUUCCUACCCAUCUCUGCAGUCAAAACAGCUGGUUCCCAAGUCAUCAACUUGAAGCUAGCUAACAACACCACAGUUAAAGCAACAGUUAUACCUGCUGCUUCAGUGCAAAGUGCCAGCAGUGCCAUCUUGAAAGCUGCUAAUGCCAUCCAGCAACAGACUCUCAUGGUACCUGCCUCCAGUCUGGCUAAAGCCAAACUUGUUCCAAAAACAGUGCAUCUUGGUCAUCUAAAUCUUCUGCCUCAGACUGUGUCUACUGCUGUCUGUGAUCUUCAAAAGGCUCUAUCCUCCUCCAAACACUCAAAGAAUCAACAAUCACAUCAAGUCAAACAGCAGACAACUCUUACUGGCCGGGCCUCAAAAAAAGUCUCAAGGGUUCAAGUGUUCGCCACCUCUCAAAGUUCUGUAGUGGACGCCUUCAAUAAAGUCCUGAGUAGCAUAAACCCUGUACCUGUGUAUGUUCCAAACCUCUCUCCACCAACCUCAGCUUGUAUCUCUCUACCUUCACGUGGCUACAAGUGCCUGGAGUGCGGUGAUUCAUUUGCUCUUGAAAAAAGCCUGACACAGCACUACGAACGUCGCAGUGUACGGAUAGAGGUCACAUGUAACCACUGUGCCAAAGGUCUAGUGUUCUACAACAAGUGCAGCCUUUUGUCUCAUGCCAGAGGCCACAAAGACAAAGGGGUUGUCAUGCAGUGCUCACAUCUGAUCCUAAAACCUAUUCCUGCUGAUCAGAUGAUAACCAAAUCAUCCACAUCAGGCCCUUCCAAUACCACUGGCACCAUUUCCACCUCUCAAGCACAAGCACUUACAAGUGAAGCCCUGGGGAAAGUUCCUAAUGGUGGGAUCCAGACUACAGUAGUGUCUGCUCCAUCUAGUGCUACUCUUAUGGCAGCCAUGCCCUUAGAAGAUGAUGCAUCAAAGCUCUGCAGGCACAGUCUAAAAUGUUUGGAGUGUAAUGAAACGUUCCAGGAUGACAGCUCGCUAGCACUGCAUUAUCAACAGGCACCAGAGUCCAGUGGGCAGAAAACGUGCUCCAUCUGCCAAAUGCUUCUCCCCAAUCAGUGCAGCUUUCUGUCACACCAGAGAAUCCAUCAGCACAAGUCACCUUACAUCUGCCCUGAGUGUGGGGCCAGCUGCCGAUCUGUCCAUUUCCAGUCGCAUGUCACUAAGAACUGCCUCCAUUACACCCGUAGAGUUGGCUACCGCUGUGUCCACUGUAGCGUUAUCUUUGCUGAUGUUGCAACUGUAAAAUCCCACAUCCAGAGUGUUCACUGUGAGACCUUCUACAAAUGUCCCCUCUGCCCCAUGGCUUUCAAGACUGCACCUGGAACACACUCACAUGUGAACACACAGCAUCCAGGAAUGAAGGCAGGAGAGCCUAAGGUCAUCCAUAAGUGUUCAAUGUGUGAUACAGUGUUCACUCUGCAGUCCCUCCUCUACACACACUUUGACCAACAUGUUGUCAAUCAAAAAGUGUCAGUGUUCAAAUGUCCUGACUGCUCUACACAUUAUGCACAGAAACAGCUGAUGCUGGACCAUAUCAAGGCCAUCCAUGGAACCCUCAAGACCAUUGAAGGCCCACCCAACUUGGGCAUCAACCUUCCUCUCAGCACCAAGCCCACUAACUCUAACUGUGCAAACAGCCCCAGUAAAAAUAGUAAUAACAAAGAUGGAGGAAAUAUCCCCUGUCAAGAAAAAGGAGAAAAGAAGUCCUCACCUUCACCCUUAAAGAAAACAAAUACCAACCCCUCAGCUGACCUCAAGAAUUCUACCAGCUCAGAAUACACAUGUGGAGACUGCAACAACCUCUUCAGUUCCAGAGAGCUUUUCAUUGCUCACAUGAAGCGCGAACACGGCAAGAUACUGAAGAAACACCCAUGUCGACAAUGUGAUAAGUCUUUCAGCUCUUCCCACAGUCUAUGUCGACACAACCGUCUUAAACACAAGGGACUGCGAAAGAUUUACACCUGCCCGCACUGCCCAGCUCUAAGUCAGCCAUUCACUAAAAGAGUGCUGCUGGAUCAGCACAUUCAGCUGAUGCAUGAGGUCAAAGGCCCAGAGAGGAAGAAAGCCAAGUCUGAUAAGAAGGAGGCCUCAUCUGACAAAGGAAAGACCCUAAGUCCCAAAAGAAAGCCAGAAGAAGACGAGGGACCUCCAGGGUUGAACUCCAGGGGUUCUGACACGCAGCCAUUGAAAAGGCUCAAGGUGAACAUUCUCAAAAUUCACAAGUGUGCCGUCUGCGGCUUCACCACGGAGAACAUUUCGGCCUUCCACGAUCACAUUCCACAGCACAAAUCUGAUGGCUCCUCCCACCAAUGUCGAGAGUGUGGCUUGUGCUACACCUCACCCCGCUCGCUAGCCAGACACCUCUUCAUCGUCCACCGGCUGAAGGAGCAGAAGGGUCUCGCCCGAUACAAUGGACGAGGUAAAGACGACGAUGAGAGUCAAAGAGAGAACCAGCUGGAUGUUACGGACGAGAACACUGACGGAACACCAAAUACCAAAUGCAAAGUUUGUGGAAAGAAGUUUGAAACGGAGGGGAACCUGAACACUCACAUGAGGACACACGGGAUGGCGUUCAUAAAGUCAAAGAGGCUGAGCGCAGCUGAGAAGUGAGGGGAACACAUGUUGAAACCAUUCCAUAAAAACAAGCAGCAACUCUUUCUGACAUUCUGUAUAAGUUUCAAACUUGUGGCAGACCACCUGCAGUAUCUUGAUAAGUUGUUGUGCUGACAUGAUGUACAAUUAAGGUACUAGUAUAAGUACACAUUAUACACAAAAAUCUGUAGUAUAUGUGGAAGUCACUUUUUGUCUUAAAGUUAGCUGAAAAGAUUUUUGUAAACAAAUAGAUGUUUCUAUAGGCCUCAAAUAUAUCAUUUUUAUAGAAGAGCUUUUUUAAUUUUUAACAGAUUUCAUCAUUCACCCACUCGGACAAGUUAAUGUAUAGAAAUAUUGUUGUAAUGGAGAAAAAAAACCUCACAAGGUCGGCAGUGUCCUGGAUCUUCAAAGCUGCUAAUGUCCAAUGAAUGUCUGAAAGAAAAAACAAAUGUUAAAUUUUCACUACAACAGCCUACAUAUGGGAACCUCAAGUUCAAGUCUAAAACAUUACUGGCUUUUAACAUUUUCUAGGCGUCAGUAGAUUUUUUUUAAUUUCAUGGAUUACUUUUGUUAAUCCCUGAGUUCACAUUGGCUUCCAAAAUUAGCUCUAACUAUGGCGUCCAUUUGACACCUCCUGCUACAAAGAAUCAAACGUAUCUGGGAGUUGAUUUAGAACUCCAAUUCCAAAAACAUUAAAAGAUUUCAGACAAUCAGGCGAAAUAAAAGCCCAUCGUCAGGUGCAUACCAACACAACUUUAUUGCUUUCUUUUGGGGCAUUUAACAUACCAAAUGUAUAGACAACAAUAAAAUCCAAAAUCAGAUCAAACUAAAGAGAGUCUCAAAGCUCCAAGUUUUGGGAUGUUUAUUUAACAACAAUCUCCCAUAUCUCAUAACAGAAGAAAAAAAAAAUACAGACCAAAAUGAAUUUUCUUUUAAACAUAUAUUUUUUGAAAGAAUGUCAAACCUUUUAAAAGUUGAAGUCCUCUCUUGAAAUAUACAAUAUGGCAGCUCUAUAUGAUUAAAAAUCACUUUUAAAUUAUUUAUUUACCUGGAUACUAAAAAUUGAAAAUAUAAAAUGCAAAGCACUUACCUUUUAUUGACAGCCUAGUUCAACCGGUCAUAACAGCAGAUUAAAAGUAUAAUUGUACCGACGCUGUAUUUUUAGAACAAAUGUCAACAUCUGUACCAUGAGGGUCUUUGGUUUGAUGUGAAAAUAUUGAAUGUUAAUCAACAGGAAUAACACUGAGGGGGGGAGGGGCUCUGUGAAUGUAAAAAUGGCUGUGAAAUUGAAGAGAACCAAGAAGAGCAAAGACUUAUAGUCUGGUGAAUCUAAAAGAUUUUUCCAUAGCUUUCUUUGUGUCAAGCAUUCCUAAAAAUGAUCAGUUUUGGACAGUCAUUUUUUUCUACUUUGACAAUAAGACCUAAACUGGUUCAUGCUGUAAAACUGCAUGUGAAAAGCAGUCUGUGAAUUAUUUGUUGAGUAGAAUGUGUCUUGCUGCUGCUGUUUUUAGACAUUUCUGAUGCUUGUGUAAAAAAGCUGUUCUUUAUGUCAAUAAAUGAUGAAACCCAACAUGGGCAGGAUCUGAUGUCCACUGCACAUGAGACAUCAGACCUUCUCUGUGGGAAGAUAUCAGA